ACAUCUGCAGGUCUAUACUUAAUUUCUUUACCUUCUCUUCUCUUCUCUUCUCUCCUUGGAAGUUCCCUUUGCCUUAUUUUCUCUCUUCUUUUUCAUUGGGAAUAAAUAAAAGGUUUGAUUUUCGGCUCAGAUCCACGCCAACACUCAUUUUCAUUGCCUAUUUACACUUCACCAAAACUCAGAAGCCAAUUUUUUUUCCCACUUCUGGGUAAGUAUUUUGAAGGAAGAUAGAUAUGGUUCCAGAGGAGUAACCGAAAGCCUGCUGUUUCAAAAACCCUGUUGGGAAAACAAUGACUGCGCCACUAGACACUGGCCUUCAAAGCAUGUUGCAGGCUGCGGUGCAAUCUGUUCACUGGACUUACAGCCUCUUCUGGCAACUUUGUCCACAGCAAGUGAUUCUGGUUUGGGGUGAUGGUUACUACAAUGGAGCAAUUAAGACACGGAAGACGGUGCAACCAAUGGAGGUGAGUGCUGAGGAGGCUUCUCUCCAAAGAAGUCAGCAACUUAGAGAACUUUAUGAAUCAUUGUCAGUCGGAGAGACAAAUCCGCCGACUCGCCGGCCUUGUGCUGCCUUGUCGCCGGAGGACUUAACAGAAUCUGAAUGGUUCUAUUUGAUGUGUGUCUCAUUCUCCUUUCCUCCUGGUGUUGGGUUGCCUGGAAAGGCAUAUGCCAGGAGGCAGCAUCUAUGGCUCACUGGUGCAAACGAGGUGGACAGCAAAACAUUUUCACGAGCUAUUCUAGCCAAGAGUGCUCGUAUACAGACCGUGGUGUGCAUUCCUUUAUUGGAUGGCGUCGUUGAAUUUGGGACAACAGAUAAGGUUCAAGAAGAUCUUAGCUUCAUCCAACACGUGAAGACUUUUUUCAUAGACCAUCUCAUCCCUCUCAGGCCAAAGCCUGCCCUAUCGGAGCACUCAACCUCCAACCCUACCUCCUCCGACCACAUCCCCACAGUCAUGUACACCAUGGUGGACCCACCUGCCGCCAAGUGCAACCUAAAUGAUGACAUGGAUGAGGAUAUUGAAGAGGAAGAGGAGGAGGAAGAAGAGGACGAGGUGGAAUCCGGUUCCGAAGAUGAAACUGGAGACGGUAUUGCCUGCCAAACUUUGAGACCAUCAACGGUGGCAGAGCCCAGCGAGCUGAUGCAGCUGGAGAUGCCAGAGGACAUUCGACUCGGGUCGCCGAACGAUGGAUCAAACAACCUGGACUCAGACUUUCAUUUGCUUGCGGUGAGCCAGGGUGGCAAUGAGGCAAGGCAGGCUGAGUCAACUCGAAGGUGGAGCUCAAGUCAAGAACCCAUGCAAGUUCAACUACCGACUUCAGCCCUUCAUCCAUUAGAAGACUUGACCCAAGAGGACACUCACUACUCUCAAACGGUGUCCAACAUCCUCCAAAACCAGACCACACGGUGGCUCGCCUCACCCUCCUCCAUUGGCUACAACACAUACUCCACGCAUUCGGCAUUCGCAAAAUGGAGCAGCCGCGCCAGCCACCACUUCCACCCGGCGGCGGACGGCACCAGCCAGUGGCUCCUCAAGUACAUCCUCUUCACGGUCCCGCACCUCCACGCCAAGAACCCCGGCGAGAGUUCUCCCCAUACCGCGGCGGACACCAAGCUCCGCGGCAAGGGGACGCCGCAGGACGAGCUCAGUGCGAACCACGUGCUGGCCGAGCGCCGCCGCCGCGAGAAGCUGAAUGAGAGGUUCAUAAUCCUGCGGUCGCUGGUCCCCUUCGUGACCAAAAUGGACAAGGCGUCGAUAUUGGGAGACACCAUCGAGUACGUGAAGCAGUUGCGGCGGAAGAUCCAGGAGCUCGAGGCGCGUAACCGCUUAACGGAGGAGCGUUCCAAGCUCCCAGAGGUAGCAGUUCAGAGGACGAGUAGCAGUUCGAGCAAGGAGCAACAGAGGAGUGGGGUGACGAUGAUGGAAAAGAGGAAGGUGAGGAUCGUGGAAGGGGUAGCGGCGAAGGCAAAGGCAGUGGAAGUUGAGGCCACCACGUCGGUGCAAGUUUCGAUCAUAGAGAGCGACGCGCUGUUGGAGAUUGAGUGUCGUCACAGAGAAGGGUUACUUCUGGACGUGAUGCAGAUGCUGAGGGAGGUGAGGAUAGAGGUUAUAGGGGUGCAGUCUUCGCUUAACAAUGGGGUGUUCGUGGCGGAGUUGAGGGCUAAGGUGAAGGAGCAUGCAAACGGGAAGAAGGUCAGCAUUGUGGAAGUGAAGAGGGCACUUAACCAAAUUAUACCCCAUGCCGUUGACUAAUACGAUUCUAAUUUGGGCUUUGCACAAAGAGGGGGUGCAUGCAUCAAUUUUCAUGGCUUGCUUUAUGGAUGAAUAUUCCAAGUAGAAUUAACUGGCUAUUUCUCUUGCAAGCCACACUAUAUGUACGUCCAAUCACAAUGGCUUGAUGCAUGUGUAUCUAUGAUUCAAGCCAGAUGUGAAGCCUAGUAAAUAAACCCAUAAGUGUUGUCAGGAAGGCUGAUUAAGUAAAAAGAAACUAGGGAACAGUAGUGUUGUCUUUAGAGUUUUAGUAGAUUAAUUAAAAUAGUUGACAUUCUAUAGUUUUAGUGUAGUAAUUAUGUAAUGAUCGAUGUAGUUAAGAACAAUUGAAAUUAAUAUAGAAAAAAGUAUGUAUAAUUUGAAAAUUA